GAACACUUUCUUGUUGGAGAUUUUCUCGCCGCUGGAAAACAGCCCAAUCUGACAACCGACAUGCUGACCACACUGGCUGACUGGCUAGUUGAGGUGCAGGACAACUUUGGGUUCAAUCAUGAAACCAUUCACCUGGCAUGGGGUCUUCUGUACUCAUACUUCGAAAGGGGGCUGCCAUUGGCUCGACGGGAAAUUCAGUUGAUGGCAUGUGCUGCAAUCAUGGUCGCAUGUAAACACGAGGAACGUCAGAUGCCACAGCUCAGUGAGUUCCUGUACAUCACAGAUAGUGCGUACACAAAGGAGGAAUUCAUCGAGGCGGAACGGCGAUUCCUCGUGGCCAUCGAUUUUGCUGUGCACCGACCAAAUCCCUACGUGUUCCUGCGUCGCUAUGCCCGGGUACUGGACGCACACAGCGGUCACGUGCAAUUCAUGUCUCGCUUUCUACUGGAAGCUGGAAUGCAUAGUCAUGCGAUCAGUUUGAAACGGGAGUCCCGGAAAGCUGCCGCGGUCCUUUGGCUUGCCCGUGUCGUUUUGCGUAAUCCGUCCUACGUGGAUUGGACCAGACGCACCGAUGUGUAUCAGUUGAGACAGUUUCUUCGGACGAAUCGUCUUGCCCAACGAUAUUACUCCCAGUGUUGCCCUCGGCCAGCUCACACAUUAUUACGAAACCGACCGCCUCAAAACACUUCCACUCCCUACACCUCCAAUCCUGCAGGUGUUCUCGAUUUGUCCACACAAUCCACAUCGAAUGUGGUCAGUCGGACCACCAGUCUCAGUCAUCCUAGCUCAUUUCUGGCGGAAAAUGUUGGCCAUUGGUUGCGUAACGUGCAACCAAGUCAACUGAACAGUAUGGAACGAACUACCAGUGAACCAUGUGUUCGUAAGCAGUCUAAUGACGACGCGAGCACAUCUUCGACACCAGAGUCAGGAUAUCGGUCUGCUCCAUCCGGUGAGAACAACUCUCUCUGUUCUGAUCCGGAGGACUCCGAUCUGGAUCCGAGACUGAAGGCAGAUUUAGAGGCGAUGAAGUCAGAGGAAGAUCAACGCUCACCAUUCUGGCCACCGAUCCUGCAGCAUAUAACCGGAUACAAGGAGGCAGAUCUGAUCCCGUUGGCUGUACGUUACCAUGCGAUUGCGUUACGUUUGAUCGCCGAAGUGGCCCGAGGCGGUCGCCUCGCGAUGGACAAAGAUGCCGAGGUGACCAGUGGUCCUUCAUCCGUGCCCGCAGCCAGUGAAGAUAUGGAAGAAGAUGGAGAUGACGAAGAAGGGAAUAAUCAAAGUGCACCCCGAUGUAUUUCUCCCGGUGGGCAUUAUUUGCGUCGACAGGCAGUGAGCAAAUAUUGUUCCGAGUAA